UAUACGAUGGUCUCAAAGUGCACUCCGGAUACCCUCGCUGCCCCUGCCGCCCGGCGUUCUACGUUAUCGUCGCGCCUCUAUUAAAGGACGACGGCUCCUGACGCGGUUCGUGCGCAUCUUUCCUUCGCUACGUGGCUCCGCAGGGUCAGCGCUAGGCGGUCGGAACACCUGUGUAGCCGGCGCUCGUCGACGGAGGCUUGUGACAACGCCGACCUUCAGAAGUAUACUGCGGUCUCUCCCGCAACGCAGGCCGUCGCAAUACGCAGCGGGGACUACGAAGCGAACAUCUUCUCUCUCCGCAUCCGUCUUGCUCAAAGAGGGAACUCGCAAAACGCUCUCUCACUCGAAAACGCAUUGUUCUACUAAGAGCGAGCGGCGAAACCCCUUGGAGAAUAUUGGAGAAGGCACACAAGCAACACCUGCGACGGCUGCCAGUUCUUUAGCGACGCAGAUCGGGGGCGACGGCAUACGGGUGCGAAGUUGCUGGUGCUUCAGGAAGGAAGGAAUGGAGUGCUACGAAGACCCCGAAAACCCGGGCCAGGUCUACGUGCGCCUCCUGCGCCAGGACUUGCUGGAAGAACUGGUGAUGUCCAAAAAGCGCGGAAGGCUGGUCGUUAUCCUCGUCGACGAUGAGUUCCUCGUGUACCGACCGACCAACGGCGUGAAAAUGACCUCACCGCCUAACGUCGAACUGCUGGUUAAGGACGUAUGCAAGGUGCUCGGCCGUGACCGCUGGAACGCGGCCAUCAAGAACCACGCCACUAAGGACACGUCGGUGCACAUCUUCACUGACAUGGACCUCUACGAACUGUCCGACUUGUUGGCCAAGGAACUGGACGUGAGAGUGUUCUGUCACUUGUUUCAUCGGAUAAGGUGAUUCGUUGGGUUUUCCUGCCCCCACCUGUACGUUUCGUUACGACCGUAUUCGUAGUGGCGAAGUGGCCAAAAGAUUACAUGGACAGCUCGUCACCGGACAGCUUUGAAACGCUGCAACUCCGGGAUGCAGCAAACAGCGGUUGGAGGCGGCACACAUUGCUGCAGCUGCAGUUGCGACGGUGUCACGCAGUUGUUGCAAGGUUGAGAGAAAAUUCAAUUUGUUCCUGACAUCUGCUUUGCCGAAUGCUCUCCCGGGCAGCUGCGUAGAGUUGAUGAUUUUGUUGGCUCCCCAGCGGCGAGUUAUCGUCAAUGUGUCAAGGGCGGUGUGCACGUGUCCAGCGCAGGGGAUCUUUUUUUGUGUCGCCUUACUAGAUAACUCGAUUGUAUAUGUUUGCGCGUGCUUGAGAUUCGUGUGUGAAACGAAACGUGACGCCGCGCUGAUCAUGCCGAAAGAUCGUGAUUUCGAGGGUGGUGGUGCGUGAAAAAGAACCUUCGAAGGGGCGAAGGGGUUUGUAUAUUAACGUCGGCACUUGCUUGGGCGUACCUAUAGCACCAAGACGCGUGCAGUCGUGUGUGUGUGCGAAUGUGUGCCGCGUCAACACUUGGUGAAAUUUUUUCCAGCGACUUUCCCAACCUGUCCGGCAGGGCUUUGUAAUAGCCAUCAUGCGCACAAUUUAUACUUCUAAGUAUUUAUUUUUUAUUUUUUCACUUUGCUUGUUAUUUAACUUUUCUUUCUUCACUUUUUUUGUUUUAGAGCGUUUGCAUUCAUGACUUCCACAUUUUCCCAAGUGACAGGCUGAUUGCAAAAUCUAUUUCUUAAUCUUCUUUAUUUUUAUCUAUCUCUUUCUAUUAUUCACCCUUUACCUCACCCCAAGUGUAAAGUAGCCAACCGAGACAAGCUUGGUUAACCUCCCUGCCUUUCCUCUCCGUUUCUCUCUGUGCGGAAGGUUGUGGCCUGCACAAGGCUAAAAAAAAUUCAAUCAUGUCAAUUCAAGUGCAGCCGAGAACUGCCGCAGUUGGAAAUUUUCACUGGUUAUAUUAGCAGUGCGUUUUGAAUUUCCAGAUAACAUUCCAAUGAGAUCAACACGUGACAAGAGCCCAGCGUAAAAUUGGUCAGAGUUUGCGUAAAGUGCGUAUAGAUGUAUAUUUUGCGAUGACCAUAGAGCAGUAUAGCGAGAGUGUGAAAAGAAAGUGAUUACUUCAAAAGCGUACCUUAGUGCUUGUUGCUUCUUUUUCUGUUUUUCGUUUUACAGAAACAAACGUUUUUCAACAGUUUUUUUUUUUUUGGUGCUUACGAGCGAACAAGAGGUUCACUCGGAAAGGGAAGCGCUGGGAACGAAGAUUCUUCCAAGGUGGCAUGUAGCAAAAAUAUUUCUAAAUCAAUUACUCGAGCGAAAAAGACCCAUUAGUUAUUCCUCUUUGACGGCAAAGGACGACUUCUGCGUGCCUUUUAUAAUGAGAUCUGAAUGUGAGACCCCACAAUCACAGAUGGCUUAGAAUACCGAUUGUGGGAAAUGUUACCAACAAUACAAAAUGCAAAAAGAAAAGUCAAACCCUCGGAGCUUAACAUUGUGCUGUGCUUGCUUGCAUAUUUUGUUGGUAAUGAAUUGUUGAAUUCUUACUUGACGACCUCACCAUGGUUUAGUUUCACGAAUAAUUACGUGUAUCACUCUUAACUAGUCUUAAAGUUACCAUGCUCUUCUUGCCUUGGCUAAUUUGUAAACAGAACGUUACGCGAGAACCGCGAUUGGGUUUCACUGAAUUCAGCUGAGCUAGACGAGUGACUAUGAUUAGCUUAUAUAGUGUCGAAUAGUUAAAAUAUCAUUUCAUUAUAUCCUUACAAGCAGACGGAAACAAACAACGAUGUCUUUUUUAUUUAUUUGUUUGUGCCAAGCGGAGAACUUACGGGGGAAUUUGCACAAAGUAAAUAAAUGUGAACCUACGCCUUCUUUAAUUCGCCUCGUUUCCUCUAUGAAUGAAGUCUUUGUUGUGAGUCACGCGUGAUUGUCAUGUUGCGCAAAGUGGACAAAAUAGCAUCUUCCCAGGUGUUUCGUGUCGGAACUGUUUUUGUUUGCAUGUAUCACAGUAUGCAUAUUUUGCGAGUGUUUAUUAGAUGAUCAGUAAGUACGGAUAAUGGGCGCACUUGAAAGCGACUGAAAAUAAAGGAAAGCAAGUUCCAGAGAGCC